AAAGCUCCAGUAUUUUCCCCCUUUCUCACUCUGGGCGCUGUGUUUUCUAGAGCGCGUCGCGAGGAUAUGGAAGAUGGCGAGCGCCGAGAUAGCGGCAGAGCACGAGCGAAUCCUGCGUGAGAUUGAGAGCACAGACACUAACUGCAUCGGGCCAACACUACGGUCUGUUUAUGAUGGGCAGGAACAUGGACUCUUCAUGGAUAAACUGGAGGGGCGGAUCCGGAAUCACGACCGCGAAAUUGAGAAGAUGUGCAACCAUCACUUCCAGGGCUUUGUGGACUCCAUUACUGAGCUGCUCAAAGUGCGCGGAGAAGCCCAGAAACUCAAGUGUCAGGUGACUGAGACCAAUCAGAAGCUCCAAAAUGAUGGCAAGGAGCUCCUGACAUCGAUGGAUGAGCUGAGACAGUGCCGUCUGCAGCAGAGGAAUAUCGCCACCACCAUUGACAAACUCACACACUGCUUACCAGUGUUGGAGAUGUACAGCAAACUGCAGGAGCAGAUGAGAGCCAAAAGAUACUACCCAGCACUACGAACCCUGGAACAGUUGGAGGAGAGUUGUUUGCCUCAAGCGGGAUCGUAUCGUUUCUGCGCCAUCAUGGCAGAGAAUAUCCCACGCCUGCGCACACAGAUCAGAGACGUCUCCAUGUCUGACCUCAAAGACUUCCUGGAGAGCAUCCGCAAGCAUUCGGAUAAGAUCGGAGAGACCGCCAUGAAACAGGCACAGGUGCAGAUCGCUCGUGACAAUGCCGUGACAUCACAGCAGCGAUCAGUGAGUGGACGGAGGAUACGAAAGGAAGUGUGCUCAGGUACAGAGGUGGACAGAACUGGAAGCAACCCCUUUUCAGAAAAGGAUUCUGGGAUACUGGAUGUGGAGGAUGAAGAGGAAGAUGAGAUUCCUGGUGCGCAGGACCUGGUGGACUUCUCUCCUGUGUAUCGCUGUUUACACAUCUACACUGUACUGGGUGCCCGGGACACGUUUGAGAACUACUACAGGAAGCAGCGGCGGAAACAGGCCCGACUAGUGCUGCAGCCUCACUCUAACAUGCAUGAAACGUUAGAGGGGUACAGGCGCUACUUCAAUCAAAUUGUCGGUUUUUUCGUAGUGGAGGACCACAUCUUGCACACCACACAGGGCCUGGUAAACAGGGCUUACGUGGAAGAACUGUGGGAGCUGGCCCUUUCAAAGACCAUUGCAGCCUUGCGUACACAUUCAUCUUAUUGCACUGAUCCAGACCUGAUUUUAGAUCUGAAGAAUCUUAUAGUGCUGUUUGCAGACACACUGCAGGGUUAUGGUUUUCCAGUAAACCAGUUGUUUGAUAUGUUGCUGGAGAUGAGGGAUCAGUAUGGGGAGAUCCUGCUGAAAAAGUGGAACCAGUCCUUCAGGCAAAUCUUGGAUCAGGACAACUACAGUCCAAUUCCCGUGGCGUCCCCUGAAGAGUACCAGCGAAUUGCAGGCCAAUUCCCCUUCCAGGAUCCAGAGCUAGACAAGAUGCCUUUUCCGAAGAAGCUGCCAUUUUCUGAAUUUGUGCCUAAAGUAUACUCACAACUCAAAGAAUUCAUCUACGCCUGCCUGAAAUAUUCAGAGGACUUGCACCUUAGCUCCACAGAAAUUGAUGACAUGAUCCGCAAGUCUACAAACCUCCUGCUGACACGAACCCUCAGCCACUGCCUACAGUAUGCCAUAAAGAAGAAAAACGUAGGACUGGCAGAGUUGGUUCAGAUCAUCAUCAACACCACUCAUCUGGAGCAGUCCUGUCACUACCUAGAAGAGUUCAUCUCCAACAUAACCAACGUGCCUCCUGACACUAUCAAUGCCACCAAACUCUAUGGAACCUCCACCUUUAAGGAUGCAAGGCAUGCCGCUGAAGAGGAGAUCUACACCAACCUGAAUCAAAAGAUUGACCAGUUUCUGCAGCUGGCUGAUUAUGACUGGACGGCAGCACAGGGAGGUGGACAGGCCAGUGACUACCUGAGUGAUCUCAUCGCUUUCCUCUGUAGCACCUUUGCAGUGUUCACUCACCUGCCCGGGAAGGUUGCUCAGACGGCAUGCAUGUCAGCCUGUAAACACCUUUCAACCUCCCUGCUGCAGUUGCUGUUGGAAGCUGAUGUCAGGCAAGUGUCUAUGGGAGCCCUGCAGCAGUUCAACGUGGAUGUCAAAGAGUGCGAGAGGUUUGCCAGGGCCGGCCCGGUGCCUGGCUUCCAGGGGGACACUCUGCUGCUCGCCUUCAUCGACUUGAGACAAUUACUGGAUCUCUUCACUCAGUGGGACUGGUCCACGUAUCUGGCUGACUACGGCCGACCCACCUGCAAGUACCUGCGAGUCAAUCCUCACACGGCUCUGGCCCUCCUAGAGAAGAUGAAGGACACCAGCCGCAAGAACAACAUGUUCGCUCAGUUCCGUAAAAACGAACGGGACAAGCAGAAGCUCAUUGACACCGUUGUCAAACAGCUGAGAAAUCUCAUCGCCACCAACCAGGCCUGAGAAAGCCAUCGCAUCAGCACACAGCACCACAUCCUCAAGUCCUUACGAGCUGCCACCAGACUGCGUGGUCUGCACUUGCACACAUCCAUUAGUUGGACGUAUUGUUCUUUUCCCCACACACACACUUGCACUAACACACACACAUAAACGCACCUCUCUGAAGGGUGCACCUGCUAAACCAUCCCGUGCCUGUGUGAUAUGGUAUCCAUGUCUUCCUAUGUGACUACCUGAACACAUUAAGGACACCAAAUCACAUUUUGCAUUUGGUUGCCUUUUAUUGUCUUGUAUUGAGCGUCUUACAAAAGGACUGUUCUCCUGUCACACAAUUUAAAUUGCCUUUACAAUAGUUCUACUAUUUAUCUCAUUUUUGAAUUUGACUACAGUUAGACUGUAAUGUGGAUAUUACUUAAAUUGCUGCAAAGUUAAAGGAGAAGUCCAUUUCUAGAACAAACAUUUACAGAUAAUGUACUCACCCCCUUGUCAUCCAAGAUGUUCAUGUCUUUCUUUCUUUAAUCGUAAAGAAAUUGCUUUUUGAGGAAAACAUUUCAGGAUUUUUCUCCAUAUAGUGGACUUUUAUGGUGCCCCGAGUUUGAACUUCCAAAAUGUAGUUUAAAUGCAGCUCAAACGAUCCCAAAUGCAUUUGUAAACAAUCACAGACAAGAAAGAGGGGUCCUAUCUAGCGAAACAAUCGGUUAUUUUCUGAAAAAUAAUACAAUUUAUAUACUUUUGAAUCUCAAAUGCUCGUCUUGUCUUACUCUGCCUGAACUCUGUUUUUUUUUUUCGGUUCAUGACAGUUAGGGUAUGUCGAAAAACUCCCAUAUAAUGUUCACCUUCAACUUAAAAAUCGUCCUAUAUCACUAUUUUACCUUUUUUUGUUAGGGGUGUUUGAUCUUCUUUGCAUGUUCACUUUGCAAAGACUGGGUUGGUACUUCUGCACCGAUGUAGGAUGAUUUUUAAAUGAUUUUUAAAGUUAAGGGAGAAAAUACGAUGGGAGGUUUUCGACAUACCAUAACUGUCUUCCACCAGAAUACAGAGAGUUCAGGCAGAGCAAGACAAGAUGAGCGUUUGAGAUUUAAAAGUAAAUUAACUGAUUGUUUUGCUAGAUAAGACCCUUCUUCCUCAGCUGGGAUCGUUUACAACCACAUUUGGGAUCGUUUGAAGCCGCAUUUAAACUGCAUUUUGGAAGUUCAAACUUGGGGCAC